AUGGAGUUGAUUGAGAGUCAACAUGCACGGCAAGUCUCUUUCUCCAAACGCAGAUCCAGCCUCUUCAAAAAGGCUAGUGAGCUUUGCACCAUGUGUGCUGUUCAGGUUUUACUGGUUAUCUUCUCACUUGGAAGGAAGCCCUUUUCUUUUGGCUACCCUUCCGUUCAUUCGGUACUUAACAGGUUUCAUCAGUUUCAAAACCCUGAUGCCAGUACCAGUCAAAGCGAGGCUACAAAAGAACCAGUUAUGCAAGGUCUUAACGACAGCUUCUCUCAUUUACUUGAACAAGUGAAAUUUGAGCAGAAAAGGGGAAAGCAACUGAACAGGAAAAUAAUGGAGCAUUCGGGGCCUGAUUGGUUAAAAGCACCAAUGGAUAGCCUCAACCUCGAGGAGUUAUGCAAGGUCAAGGAAACUCUUGUCGAUGUAAAAAAGAAGAUAAAAAAGCAAAGGGAUGAGCUUCUAGCGGAACCUCUUGCAUCCUCAGCCAAUAAUUCUAUAGAGUUGGCUCAUUGUCCUGAAACUAACCUAGUUGGAGACAUUUCUUCUGUUCAUCCUCAAGGCUCAUUAACUUUUAGGGAGGAAGAGUGA